AGGGUUUAAAAUACGGCAACAUCUAGCUGGAAGCCCAUUCAAAAUAAGGAACUUGGUGCAACGGUCAGGGUCCUUUGUUCCUUCCUCUCCCAGCUGCAUCUCUCAUGUUAUCUUGGUGAAGAGUCUUGGCCUGGCAAAGAAAGAGAUCAGGGACAAGAAGGUGGUGCCGAGAAACUUCCAUGAAACUCAGAAGUCACCGCCUGCCUAUCAGACUCGAAGAACCGGGAGAGAUGUAACCUGGGCAUACUUUCAGCUGUUCCCCUGCUGCCCACACUGCAGGUUUUUCAGGUCCUUGCUUGAGCGUGCACUCAUAGGCGUAAAUAAACGUGCUAUCAACAACCCGCGUCAGCCAACCCAGCUAUUUAAGUGGGCUGGCAUCAGCAGACUCGGCUUCCAAAUCCAGAGCUUGUCUUUGCCACUUCCACAGCUCUGGCCAGCAACUGAACUGUUCCGGCCUGACAGCGCCUUUUGGUGGCUGGCCCAGGAAAUGCAAGGCCCAAAACCUUUCCUAUCUCCUUCUUCCUUGGCCCUUGGGUAGAAGAAUGAGUAGCCGCCCGGAGACCAUGUCGGCGGACACCGCGAGCGGCCCCACCCAGGACCAGGUGGAGAUCCUGGAGUACAACUUCAACAAGGUCAACAAGCACCCGGACCCCACCACGCUGUGCCUCAUCGCGGCCGAGGCCGGCCUGUCCGAGGAGGAGACCCAGAAAUGGUUUAAGCAGCGUCUGGCUCAGUGGCGGCAGUCGGAAGGCCUACCCUCAGAGUGCAGAUCCGUGACAGACUGAGGAGAUGGUGGAUGCUGGCAGCUUCCCUCCAUGAAGACUGUCCGCCAUUUCUCUCCUCGGCUUAACCAAGCUUUUUGGUUUUUCAGUGUAGUGCUGUGUGUUUCAUUGUUAGCUGUCCUGCUAUUUAACACAAUGUUGUAUUUUUUUUAAUGUACAUAACCAGAAAAGAAAGUAACCCUAGGAAGCUAUAUGUGGCUUCUGUAUAAAGCAGUGGCUUGGCUGGGAAGUUUUGGGGCUUGCCUUUCCUUUUGGGUCUUGAUAAUAGAUGGUGUGAAAAUCAUCUAAGUUUGCUUUUGACCAUCACCUCCCAGUACCAGUUCAUUUUUACCAUCCAUUUCAGAGUGGCCAAGGCCUCUGUUGAAAAGAUAACACGAGGGGGAAGCAUUUCCUUCUGAUUCUACUUCCCUAAGUUGUUUUCCUUAUGUUGCAGUAAUACACUGAGAUUGAGUGAGAAUACAGAGGUAUAUUUGAGUCCAAUUUCAUAAAGCAGUUUCUUGGAUUAUUAGCUGCAUUCACUUGGAAAGAACCCAGUUAGGCUGGGAGACAGAAACUCCAACUGGCAGAAAACCAAGUAACUAAGAAAAAGAUCCACAGAAGUCUUCAAUUUACCUUAUUUAAAUGUAUUUGUUAAAUUUAUUUUACUAAACAAAAUGAACUGCUUUUUGUCUCUGAAAUGAUAUUCUAAAUAAAAACCUUUUUUGUUGAAAAUG